AUGACCAGCGGUCUGAUGCGGCGCUUUUCGACAUUUGCCCGCACGCAACUUCCAAUUUCCCCAGCAAGAUCGCUCACUGCGCCCCGGCUGUUGGGGCUCAAACAGUACAAAAGAACUAUUACAGCCGUAGGCACCAGACAAGCAUCCGUGUCCAGGCACUGGUUCACCAGCUCGUCGCCAUGCAAGCAUCCGGAAACCGAUGAGCGCGAGAAGGAGCGACUGAACGAGCGCAACUUGAAACUCGGAAACACCAUACGAGUCCUCCACGAUCGCCUUCCGACGCUUCUCAUUUCGCCCCUACCGCAAGACAUACUCUCUCCGCAUAUCAGCCUUCACCUAUUCCCCUCGACCCAUCCUCAUCUACCCACCGUAAGCGGAAGGUUCGCGUACGCGGCCGCACUAUGGACAGCACCAGUUGCAUGGGGCCAAGUCCCAGUACUCGGCAAUGUGAAGCUUGAGAUACUAUCUGAGCGCAUGGUCAAAAAUGGCGGAUCAACAGCAAGCAACGUACGCAACGAGAAGCUUAUCGUCCGAUGGCAGACAUGCAAAUCGGAGAAGAAAGAGCACGGCCAAGUCAGCGACGUUGUUGAAAAGAUUACCAGUAUCGUCGCAGGAUCUAAGAGACCUCAUCAGGAAUUUACUGGACUGUUCAAGUUUGAGUUUGACGAAGAAGGGCGCAUCUUGAACCACAUCAUCGAGCAUACAGAAGAGGGCCAGCAUUGGGACCGAACUGCCAAAGUCAUCAGCGUUACCGAUUGGCUUUUGGGACGGGCCUGGGGCAGGCGUGAGGAGGUCAGCCCUAGUCUGGCUUUUGUUAGAUGUUGGAGGGAGAAGAAUGACCGGGGUCGUGGUGAGCGGCGAUGA